AUGGUUAGGAUAGAGCUAGAGUUAAAGAUCAAGCUGAGGGACCCAAACAGGUCUGAAGACCCAAAAAGGCCCAACGAGCCAAACAGGCUUGAUCACCUGGACAAGUCUGAAGCCCCAAACGGAACCGACAACCUAGACGGGCUUGGAGAUCUGAACCGACCCAACAAACUGAACAGACCUGAAGACCUAGAUGUGCCUGAUGAUCCGAAUGGACCUAACGAUCUAGAUAAGAACGAUGACCCAGAUGGGACCAACGAUCCAAACACGCUCGACGAUUAUGACGGGUCCAACGACACGGACGAGCCCGACGACCCGAACAAGCUUGAUGAUUCGAACGGACCCAAUAGUUUGGACGAGUCUAACGAUCCGGACGAGCCUAACGAUCCAAACAGACCCAACUAUCCAAACGAGUCCAACGACCCGUAUGGAUCCGACGACCCAAACGGGCUAAACUAUCUAGACGAGUCCGAAGGUUUGGACAUGCCUGUCCAAGUCAUUUUACCCAUCGAGGUCAUAAGGCUCGUUCGAGUUGUUGGGAUUAUCCAGGUCGUUGGCCCGGUUCAAAUAAUCGGGCUUGUCUGA